AUGCCACCAAAGAAAAAAGCAAGAUUAACAGCUGGCGAAGAGGGCGAUAGGCUGUGGUACAUCAAUGCAGAGCGUCAGGACUUCAGUGAUUUGGUCUUAUGCUGCUCAUCAGUAAACAAUAGAGGAGUUCUAAGCUUUACUCGAAUUGAGGUGGAAAAGUCAUUCCUGAAAUGUCACUCGAACAAAUUUAUGAAUCGUUUGGCUGAUGUACCGGGAAAGAACGAUCAAGGCAAGCUGCCAGAAGUUGGAAUGGAUGAAUCACCUUACACCGUUGUCUCGUUUCUCAACAUUCUUUAUUCCAUGCCAGAAGAUGAAAUCACGCCUUUUGAUCAUUGGGUGUUGGUCAUCGAAAUGGGUAUGAAAUAUGAAUGCAGCUUGGUUGUUGACCGUGCAAUCUGGUACGCAUGUGUGGUCUUUCGAUUGAUCGCCACCGGUAAGGCAAAUUUUUCGGUCAAGUACGGUAGAGCCACCGCAGUCAAGCUUUUGACCAUCUUGGGUGAAAUGCAAAAAUCCUCAUUGAACAUUUCAAAAUAUGUUUAUCAAGAAAUUCAUGAUGUUUUUUACCAAGUCUGGCCAGCAUACUCGAAAAGGUGUGGAAUCGAAUUUCCACGGAGCCCUGAAUGUGCUUGUGGGGGCUGUGAAGGACCAUGUUGUCAUCACAAAGCAUUGGCAGGAAGCAAAGAUACAGUCUUGUAUAAGCUGGAACAUUUCUUCACAGGAGAAACCAUUCAACACUUCUCCACUCAAGAAGUUUUCUUCUUCCAACAAGCUUUGGAUGACUACAUGAAAGCAAAAGAGAAACCAAUUCUCUCAAAGAUUUAUUUGACGUACUUGAGCUAG